UGUCUAAUCCCCACUCCAGGGUAGCCAAGGGGUCGGGGCAUCACCUGUUACUCAGGUCCCCAACCCGGGUUUAUCCUGGAAUUCUCUGGUGUACCCAUCGACAAGCCACCCAGUUCGGCCCCUGCAGCUACCUUUACUGGCUUGGAUGGCCCCAGGCUCCUGCCCUGGCUUCACCACGGCGCCUUCUCCACAAACAGCCAGAGGGACCACAUCAUUCCCCUGCUGGGAACACAAGCUGCCUCCCCCUGGUCCUCCAACACAUUCAUCUUCAGCCCACACACUUGGGGACCUCAGGGACUUUGCCCAUGCAGUUCCCACACGCCUGGAGCCAGGCUUCCCGGGUAAUUGUCCACUUGACUGCCCCUUGCCCUCCUUGGGCAGUGUCACCCUUUCAUCCACUGGAAACACACCUUCCCUCCAGGGUGCCGCCGCUGUGCUAUGCUCUGCUCGGGGACCCAGCUGUAAAUGAACUGCUUUUGGAGGUCACCGCAGUGGGGGCAGGGGUGAGGAGGGACACAACGCAGAGGAACAAGUAACAGGCAACGACGUGCGACGUGCAUGGCCUCAUGGCCUCGGAGUGAAGCAAAGCGCAGCAGAGGUCCGGAAUGUGGGGUGGGAGUUGCUUUGUUAGCAAAGGGAGUCAAGAGGAGAUGAAGCCUUUGUCAUUGGGAAAGAGGUGAAGGAAGCUCCGGAGGGGACAAGCUGUCCAGGCCUGGCACCUGCACGUGCAAAGGCCCUGGGGUUGGACUGGGCCUUCCUCUUUCACUGGAGGAGAAAGGGGUGCCAUUGUGCUGUGCUGAACACAAGGCCAGGUAGUCUGGGAUGGGACCCUGACCAGGCUGGUGGCAGAUUGGUGGCCUGAGCAUCUAGAAGGAUAAGGCACAACUGUCUGAGAAAGAGCAGCUUUGGGGUUGACCAGGCAUGGGGUUUCUGCAGGGGUAGUCCUGUUGUCACCCCACCCGGGCAAGCCCUGGUGGCACUCAGAAUGCGUUGUGUUCCAUUAUCUUUGCUGCUCAUCCUAACAAGACAACCCUGACAGUGCUGCCCACGUAGGGGAAGAAAAGUGGGACAUGUGCCCCGAAGUCCCUAGGCUGUGCACCCCGGAGACUCCCAAACCGGGGAAGCGAUGGAUAGGGAGUCUGGGCACCCCCGGACUCCAGGCUGCGGGGAGUCGUGCGCCCUGGGACCAACACCCCUUUGGUCCCCCGUCCCCGGGGAUCCAGGGAAGGUCGGGGAAUCGUGCCGCAGGGGCCGGGGGCGGAGAUUCAGCUGCCUCGGGAGAGGGCGGCUCCGCGUGGGGAGGGGGCGCCCAGGAGCACAGGCUCCGCCCCCCCGCCCCCGCCGGAAGGGACAGGGAGGCGGUGGCCGGCGCGGAGCAAGCGAGAAGCGGCGGCGAGCGCGGUGGGGGCGGCCGGCCGGGGACCCGGCAGCACCGGGCAGCACCGAGCGGGUCGGAGCGGGCUGGCCGCCAGCGCGGUCACGUGUGUGGCCCCUCCUCUCGCGCCUGCCUCCCCCGCGCGCCGAGUUCUCCAUUCAUAAAUUCUCCGCCUGCUCCGCGGCUACCGGGCGCCGGAGCCCGCCGGAGCCCGCCGGGAGCGCCGUGCAGCAGCCCGCCCGCCGCCCAUGGGCCGCGCGCCCCGGCGCUGAGGCCCCUCCUCCUAGCCUCAGAAUGCAGCCCACGGCCACCAUGGCCACGGCCGCCACCACCUCCGCCACAGUCGCCCUGACCACGACGUGGGACAACGCCACGGGCCGCCCCACCGGGGAGCCAGACCCCGUCCUGGACAACUACGUGCUGCUGGUGGUGGUGAUGGCGCUCUUCGUUGGGGGCACCCUCGUGGUGCUGUCGGGCGCGCUGCUGCUCUGCAGGCGCUGCUGGGAAGUCCACAGGCGCGUCCACAGAGCCACAGAGGAAGCAGAGAAGACCACCACCAGCUACCUGGACAACGGCGCCCGCCCUGCUCAAGACCCCGAGUUCAGGGGGGAGGAGCCCGAGGGCCAGGACGCCGAGACCGAGCGCUUCCUGUCCACCAGCUCCACCGGACGCAGGGUGUCCUUCAACGAGGCGGCCCUGUUUGAGCAGAGCCGGAAGGCGCAGGACAAGGGCCGCCGGUACACCCUGACCGAGGGGGACUUCCACCACCUGAAGAACGCCCGCCUCACCCACCUGCACCUGCCGCCCCUCAAGAUCGUCACCAUCCACGAGUGUGACUCAGGCGAGGCCAGUGCAACCACCACAAGCCACCCCACGGCCGCCCCCAAGGCCAGCCUCGCCAUAUUCCAGCCCCCGGGGAAGGCCCUCACCGGCCGCUCUGUGGGCCCCAGCUCCGCCCUGCCAGGUGACCCCUACAACUCGGCUGUGGGCCCUGCCGACUUCGAGAUCAGCCCCUCGGCUUCCAGUGACUCUGGGGAAGGCACCUCGUUGGACGCAGGGGCCAGGAGUGCCAAGCCUGGUGGGCCGGGGGCCGCAGCAGGGCCUGGGGAGGCGGGCCCAGUCUCUGGGGCAGGCCCCGUCCUGCAGUUCUUCACCCGCCUGAGGCGCCACGCCAGCCUGGACGGGGCCAGCCCCUACUUCAAGGUCAAGAAAUGGAAGCUGGAGCCCAGCCAGCGGGCGUCCAGUCUGGACACGAGAGGCUCCCCCAAGCGACACCACUUCCAGCGGCAGCGGGCAGCCAGCGAGAGCAUGGAGCAGGAGGAGGGGGACGCCCCCCACGUGGACUUCAUCCAGUACAUCGCCAGCGCUGGCGACACUGUGGCCUUCCCGAGCCCCCGCCCCUUUCUGGCCAGCCCCACCAGCCCCGCCAGCCCGCCCCCCACUCUCGGCAGGCUAGAGGCAGCCGAGGAGGUGGGCGCCGCGGGAGGAGCGAGCCCCGAGUUCCCCCCGGAGUGCGGCGUCAGCGCGGGGCCUGAGCAGCAGCAAGACUCAGAUAGUGAGCGAGACGCGGGGCCAGAGCAGGCCCAGACCAUCUACCGCGACAUCUGGAGCCUGCGCGCCUCGCUCGAGCUGCACGCGGCCACCGCCUCAGACCACAGCAGCAGCGGCAACGACCGCGACUCGGUGCGCAGCGGCGACAGCUCGGGCUCCGGGGGCGCCGCACCCGCCUUCCCACCGCCCUCGCCGCCGCCCACACCACGGACAGCGGACGGCGAGCCGGGCGGGCCGCGCAAGCUGCUGCAGAUGGACAGCGGCUACGCCAGCAUCGAGGGCCGCGGCGCGGGCGACGACGGGCCCCCCAGCGCGCCCGAGAAGCGCUCCUCCUUCACGAGCGCGGGCCGCGAGGCCACCGUGGGCUGCAGCUUCGAGGGUCCCGCGCCCGAGGCACCCGCCCGGCCCGGCAGCCCGCGCGCCUGGCCUCGCCGCGCCCCUCGUCGCGACUACAGCAUCGACGAGAAGACAGACGCGCUGUUCCACGAGUUCCUGCGCCACGACCCGCACUUCGACGACGCCCCUCCCGCCGCAGCGCGCCACCGCGCGCGCGCGCACCCGCACCCCCACACGCGCAAGCAGUGGCAGCAGCGCGGCCGGCAGCACAGCGACCCAGGCGCGCGUGCCGCACCCUCCGCCCCACCCGCAGCCCAGCCCGGCGCCCCCCGCCCCGCGCGCGCGCCCCUGCGCCGCGGAGACAGCGUCGACUGCCCGCCCGACGGCCGCGCGGGCGACGACCCGGCCGCGCCUCCCAUCCCCGUCAUCGAGGAGGAGCCCGGCGGCGGCUGCCCUGGCUCCGGCCUGUGCGCCGGGCCCCCGAGCGCGCUGCUGGACAAGCUGGCGGCCAGCCUCGACGACAGGCUCUUCCCGCCACGCCUGGCCCAGCCCGUCGCCGCGGCCCCUGUGCUGGCCGCGGCCGCGCCCACGUCCCCCGACCACAGCCCGGUCUAAGCCUACGCCCUGCGCCCACCUCGUCAGCUUAUUCGGCACCGGCGGGGCCUCGGCGCCGGACACACCUGGGGCACGACGCCCUGGCGCGCCUGCCCUGGGACCGCGGGCCUCGAGCACACGCGCAGUGCCCCAGGCACCCUGCGCCAGCCCGAAGUGCGCACGCACACAGUCCCCUGCGGGCACUUCACCGGGUCGACAAAGAGUGUGGCGGAUUCUCAUCUUCGGGGUCCCGAGGACCACAUUCAACUUCCCUUGGCCCCAGACAGCGGCCUCGGGCUAGUGACCGGGGCCGCCGUGUGCACCGCGCCGCGCCGCGCCUCCGGCACGACGCAACGGGAAGCGCAUGCGUAGGGCUUGCAUCGUGGAGGGGCGAUGAGAGCCGACUGCGCGAGACGCAUGCGCAGAGCGCCCCUCCCAACACCAAUCGAGCCUCGAGACGCGUCCGGUUAGCACGCGCCGGAGUUCGCGCUAAGGCGCACGCGCAGGGACCAAAGGGCGCCGAGGCUCCGCGAAGAGAGGGCGCGCGGCCCGGGCUGUGAGGUUAGCUCGAGGCCGUGGCCUCCAAGCCCCCGAAGCCGUUUACCUCACCGCGGCGAGUGCUCGCGGCAGUCCGCGCCCCCUCCGAGCAAUAACCAUACCCGCCGCCGCCGCCGCCCCCAGCCCUGUACACGCCCCCCAGUCCCCUCCUUCCCAGUGUCUGCACCCUGAACCCGCUCUCCGCAUGUUGAGCUGGCCGCACUUCCCGUAACCGCACCGUCCAAAGAGCCGCCAGGACUCACCAGUGUUUGAGACACCAAACCCAAACGGUCAAGGUUUCAAGUUUCCCAAGCUUUAUUUAUUGCCAAAAGAUGGGGCAGCCCUCGCCAGCGGCCGAGUCGCCCUGCCCCGCCCCUCGAAGCUUCGUGCUGUCUGUGUACCAUCCAGUGAUGGAGUUUGUGUUCUGUUUUCUGAUUGAUUAUAAAUAUUUACUGCAUA